AUGGACAAUGCUUUGCUUCACUACGCUGCUCCCCAGAAAUACAUAUUUAAUUGGUCACUGGAAAAGGGGACAUUUCCAAAGGUAUGGAAGCAUGCUAAACUGUGUCCAAUCCCGAAAGACAGCAAAGAACCCAUUACUCCUGCCAAUAGUCAACCAAUUAGCCUCCUCCCUUCUCUCAGUAAGACUACUAGCAAGCAAGCUCUACAAGUAGAUCUGGGAGAUAUCAGGGAGUGGGGUUUGCCAGAAAAAAAAACUUUUUUGACCAAGAAAUCCAAGGUUAUGUUGGUCUGUUACACCAGGAAAAGGCUAUUUUUUUAUUUAACCUUUAUUUAACUAGGCAAGUCAGUUAAGAACAAAUUCUUAUUUACAAUGACGGCCUACCCCGGCCAAACCCGGACGAGGCUGGUCCGAUUGUGCGCAGCCCUAUGGGACUCCCAAUCACGGCCGGCUUGUGAUACAGCCUGGAAUCGGGGGGGGGGGGGGGGGGGGGGGGGAGUACAAAUUGAGGAAGUGGCAGAAACCAAACUACUAGGGGUGCAGCUAGAUAACGACCAUGAUAAGCAGUUUCAAAUAACUCAUUUACGGAAGAAAAAAAAAGCACAAAAAAAUGCAUACAUGAUCAGAAGGAUAGCUAAAUAUUUACCGGGAAAGAUUCUUAAGCAAACAACACAAUCAUUAAUUGGGAGUCAGGUGAACUAUUGUUCUGUGGUCUGGGGAAACGCAUCAGCAAGUGAAAUUAGGAGGCUGCAGAUUGCGCAGAACAAAGCAGCAAUGAUUAUUUUGAGGUGGAGAUAUGAUUCUUCUGUUGUAGUCAUGCACAAUGCUCUUGGUUGGUCAUCAAAUCAACAAGAUAAUUGA